CCAUUAUUUUGUUGGGGCGGUAGGCCUGAGUUAAGAGCCCGAUACCGAGUCCCGACUCAUUUCAAUCUCCGCAGAUCGCCGGACACUACGAGACUGACGGAGGUUUAGUCUGAAACAUCACAAUUCACACAACACAACGUGAUUUCCUGCAAGGCGAUGGCAAUCGAUAGCGUCCCUCCUCUCAUCGCCGCUCAGCUCAAUUACCUAGUCUCUCACUGCCCCUUCCCUAUCAAGGAACACAAUCUAUGAGUGCGUAGUGAUGAAUUUUGAGGUAUAUUACAGGUAGAGCAAAUGUGGGGAGGAGGCAAAAACCCUGGCCUGCUUGAUCGCUUCACUUUAGUUAUCCCAUUUUGCCUCGACAACAUCAAGUGGGAUGUUAUAUACAAUGCAGUGUACCCACUCAUGGCUCCGGAUAUAAUAUUUGGGCCGGAAGACGAGAAUUUUCAGCCAUAUCAUAGUCUUGGUGAUGAAGCGGACACGAAGAAUGCAUUGACUGACUGGAACAACAAAGAUCCUUCCCGGCUUUUGUCGCUCAUUCUUGAGCUUAGGGAGUUGUAUAUGGCUUACCAAAGGAAACGAGUUGGAGAAGUGGAUGAUGAUAGAUUAAAGUUUGAAUUCAGCACUAUGCUUCCAAGAGAGGGAAUUGAAUACUUUUUGAGUUCUGGCAUUGACAAGCCAGAAGAGGUUAAAUUUUCCAUACCUUUACUGGAUUUGGACUUGAACAAGAUGGUUGCUGGAUCCACCUGGAGACAUCAGCAGAAGAUAUAUUUACAGCAGGUCAUAUUUCCUGUUGGCAGAAAAUACUCAGCUCCACGCCUGAAACUGGUUUCUUCUCCCGAAGUGAAAGCACUCUUUUCUGUUGAAGAUUUCAGGCUUCCUUCGUGGGUGGAUGGAAUGUGUACUGCUGAAUACCUUCCAGCUUUAGAAGUCAAUCUUGCAACACAGAUUAAAGAUGCAGUUUCAUCCAUUGAAAUCAGAAGGAAAUUCAUUGUGGCCUUAGCUCCUCUUUUAGGAAGGCCACUAGAAGCUGAUCCGGUUUUCUGCAGAAAGGCUAGCUUUUUAUCACACUCUGGGGUUUUCAAUUUCCUGGUACACUUUACCAUCCCACUCCAGUUCCCUAAGCAACAACCAAGUUUGGUGCUACAGAGUGCACAGCACUUCAAUUCCCUUAACAUACCCAUCAAGUCUGGUGUCAUAACUGAAUACCCUUGGAGCCCUAGAUGGGAAGCAUCAGAAAUGGCGGAGAGGAUCUUCGAUUUUCUUCUGGAGGAAUGCUUGAACUUCAAAAAGUACUGCAACGAGACAAUGUUCCAACAACGGUGAUGUUUUUGAGUGGAAACUACGGCUGUUCAUAAGAUUCGUGAACUUCUCGCUGCAGACAUUUUAGCUCUAGGACUGUACAAGGUUGUAUUGGUAGUGUUUUCGGAUUGAGGAGAAAAUUUCUGCAAAACAAACAAGUCUCUCUCCUCUCUCUCUCUGUCCGUAAUCAGUCUCUCUUUCCCUAGUCCAAAAUGUAUGAUUGCUGUGUGGUUGAAGGGCCUUAGUUCGAUGCUUUUAUGGUUUACUUAAAGCCUACACAGCUGAGAUAAAAUGAUUAAAAUCUAGAACUAUGAAAUCCCACGCAUUUGAUUGCUCUAGCAGUAAAUUUUGCAGUGCCUCCUGGACACAGUUCAGUUGUUAUGAGCAUUAAUACACGAGUAUUUGAGGUA